UGUUUCCUGCACCCAUUGAUUAGAAACGAGACAAACUCGCAUCGCGUCUUGCGGGAAAUCAAAACACAUUAUUUAGGCAACGAUUAUUUAUGAUAUAGAACUAUUGUUUUUUAAAAUGUGUUAUGUCUUACUGAAUAGACUAAUAUCAACAUAAACCAAGCGAUGACUGUCAUGUGCGCGCAUGUAUUAUCAGUUUUAUGGAUGUCACUCGGUCAAGGUCCACGCUCCUGAUGCGAGUAGCAAGACUGGAAUUCUUUCCUUUGGGCCAAAAAGAUCUGACUCAAACAAAUUCCGUUAUUAAAGGGGAGAAUUUAAGAUACUGAUUACUGUUCUACUCUAGAAUGGAAGCCCUCUGGCACUGGAAGGAUGUGGACGCACUGAAACGAGGAGAACUUUGAUUGCCGAAAAUAUGGAUAGAUGCAUGGAUUUGUUCAAAUGAAUGACACGAACGACAAGUGCUUCACAAUCAUGUCAUUUCAGAACAACUAACGUGGAGUGUUCAUAGGAAUACGCAUAUUUGUGAGCUGAAUCGCCCGUAUAAAAAGUGAAGGAAAAAAAAACCCAUCUCACGGAUAUUUCCUGUCACAGGGAAAUGUACUUUACCGUAUAAUUUUCGUUUUGAAAGUCAAGUAAAUAUUGUAAUUUACAUACAGUGGCCUAUAAACAUUAUAUGUCACUAUAGCUUACUGAGUUGAUCGAAAACUGUCAGUAUGUCGGCGGUAAUGAUGACACGGAAGGUACGAAAAUGGGAAAAGCUCCCAGGGAAAAACACUUUCUGCUGUGAUGGACGCGUAAUGAUGGCCCGGCAGAAAGGCGUCUUCUAUUUAACCUUAUUUCUCAUCGUUGGCACCUGCUCCUUGUUCUUCGCAUUCGAGUGCCCAUACCUGGCAAUCCACCUGUCCCCUGCCAUCCCGGUCUUCGCGAUCCUCCUCUUCUUUUUCGUCAUGGCCAUGCUGCUGAGGACCAGCUUUAGUGACCCAGGCGUGUUGCCGCGCGCACUCCCCGAGGAGGCCACCUUCAUCGAGAUGGAGAUCGAGGCGACCAAUGGGAACGUCCCGGCUGGGCAGCGACCUCCACCUCGGAUCCGCAAUGUCCAAAUCAAUGGGCAGAUCGUCAAACUGAAGUACUGCUACACCUGCAAGAUCUUCCGACCACCUCGUGCCUCACACUGCAGUAUAUGUGACAACUGCGUGGAUCGCUUUGACCAUCACUGCCCCUGGGUGGGCAACUGUGUGGGCAAGAGGAACUACCGUUACUUCUACCUGUUCACCCUGUCCCUGUCUCUGCUCACCAUCUACAUCUUCACCUUCAAUAUCGUACACGUGGUGAUGCGCUCGGUGAACUCCGGGUUUGUGAAGACACUACAGGACACACCUGGGACUGUGCUGGAAGUGCUGGUGUGCUUCUUCACCUUGUGGUCAGUGGUGGGACUGACAGGCUUCCAUACUUACCUGAUCUCCCUCAACCAGACCACCAAUGAGGACAUCAAAGGCUCGUGGUCUGGAAAGAACCGGGUGCAGAACCCCUACAGCCACAAGAACAUCAUCAAUAACUGCUGUGAAGUGCUGUGUGGGCCUGCAUACCCCAGUGUCUUGGACAGAAGAGGGCUGAUGCGGGAUGAUUUGUCUGUUCCCACAUCCGCUGCCGAGCCUGCCACCAACAGCAAUCCAGUGCCACAGACCACAAAAACUACAGCUCCACUCAUCCCCAACGAGCACACCCCUGACGACGCCAAGCCCAGCAUGGCAGACGCUGCCAUCGCUCAUGCAGAGAAAAGAAGCCCCUCCCCCAGGGAGGAUAAGCUGCCCACUCUACCCAAAUCCUCGCCGACUCCCACCAAAGUCCCACCCUUGGCCUCACCUGAAACUGACGCGGAGGCCUCAAUUAUUGCCAAGGAUAAGGCACUCUAGCUGCAUGGUGGGGUUUUUUCCUUGCCCCUCCCACAGUUAGUCACAACCUUUCCCUAAAGCGCUCUGUCUGGACCUGUGAGGGAGACACUUUAAUCAGCUGCUAUAUGAGUGAGAAGCAUCUGCCUGUAAUGAGUGGAGAAUAACUGCAAGGCUCUGACUCCCUGCUCAUUCCACCAGAUAUGCAGAGUUGGUGCCCCCACCAAACCUGCAUCCCCCCUAAGUUAGUGACUGCAGGACUGCUUGAUUGACAUUUACACUCCAGAAGGAUGGUAGCUCGGCACCUUUCUCCUCCCCCUGAAGAUUGCAUGGAAAAACACAGAUAAUGGGGAAACUAGGAACUGUGAACCCACUGAAUGCAGAUGACUGUAUAUCCUGGGUAGUGUUCGGCUGAA